UCCCCGCCCCCACCCUUUAAACUCAAAGCUAAGCCUAAGCUAAGCUACCCGGCGAUUUAUCGGCCAUGUCGCCGGACCUAUAAAGUUUAUCCCGAUUUUAGCCUUUCUCUCUCUAAAAACUCCUCUGUACCAGUUCUCUUUCUCUCUUUGGCGAAAAAAAAUUUAAAAAUUAAUAAAAUUGGGUUUAGCUUAAACAUUUUAGCACUUCAGCUCCAUCUCUCUGAAAUAAUAAAGAAGAAAAUUGAGAGAAUCCUAAAUUUUUGGGCCUAGGGUCAUUUGCGUCAUUUCGCGAGAAUGGAAGCGAUUAUUAUCAUCGACAAAUAAAGGAGGGAUAGAUAAAAAGGGAAGAUGUACAGAGGAGAGAGAGUGUCCGGUGGCUCUAAGGGAGAGGUGGGGUCGGUGGAUCGGAACCGUAUCAACGAGACGCUUGAUAAGCAACUGGAGCAAUCAUCGCCUUCCACUUUGAGAGCGAUCAACGGGAAAGAUAAGUCUGCAAACGCCCAUCUCAUGGGGAAGCAUCCACCUGAUCAUCAUUGCGACUCUCGCUCCGCUUCUCUACCUAAAGCAAAUGCCUCCGAAGAUGAAUCUGAAACAGACAGUGAAGAAUCAGAUGUUAGUGGUUCUGAUGCGGAUGACACAUCUUGGAUUUCGUGGUUUUGCAACCUACUUGGAAAUGAAUUCUUUUGUGAAGUCGAUGAUGACUACAUUCAAGAUGACUUUAACCUUUGUGGGCUAAGCAGUCAAGUUCCUUACUAUGAUUAUGCACUUGAUUUGAUUUUGGACGUCGAGUCCCAUGGGGAUAUGUUUACAGAAGAGCAAAAUGAAUUAGUUGAAUCUGCGGCAGAGAUGCUUUAUGGUUUGAUCCAUGCUCGAUACAUAUUGACAAGCAAAGGAAUGGCAGCUAUGCUAGACAAGUACAAGAACUAUGAUUUUGGAAGAUGCCCUAGAGUUUACUGCUGUGGACAACCUUGUCUUCCAGUUGGUCAAUCAGAUAUUCCUCGUGCAAGCACCGUAAAAAUAUACUGCCCUAGGUGUGAAGAUAUAUACUACCCUUGGUCCAAGUAUCAAGGCAACAUUGAUGGAGCCUAUUUUGGGACCACAUUUCCAAACCUGUUCCUGAUGGCACAUGGGCACUUGAAGCCACAAAAGGCAACUCAAAGCUAUGUUCCAAGAGUAUUUGGGUACAAGAUCCACAAGCCAUAAUGCUGGAACUAAAACCUCCUUCAUGACAUUUUGCCUUCUAAUCUGGAAGUAAUGGUUUUGAAAGAUGAGGGAUAGUUGAGUAGUCUUUCAUAGUCAAGUUUACCGGCCUUUUUUGUAUGUUCUAAAAUCUAAAUGGAUUACCACAAGGCUUAUUUACAAACAGCAAGUGUUUAAUUCUUAAUUUAGAAGAGCCUUUCAUUUGAAUUGAUUCUAGGUAGAGUAACCAUUAAUACCGUCCGGCAUCUGUUGUACUUUAUCGAUUGAUUUAUCAGUGUUUUCUCUGUGUAUUUCCUUGUACUUAAAACGUCUGUUAUAUGUUAUCAGCAUUGACAUAGUGGAACAAUUUGCUAGGCUUUUUAGUUCAUA